UUUUUUUUGAAAAAUGCAUAAAGAAAGUUUGACCAAAGAAAGACUUCAAUUCCAAUAUUCAAUAACACCUCCUAAAUCAUCAAAGGGAUAUGACUCAAUUCAUCUGUCUCUAGUUAUCAUCGAUCUUAUUGUUCUGUUCAUUUCAUCUCUUUUUCUUCUGAAAGUUCCUUUUUAUUUAUAUCACAGAUUUUCUUGGUUGCUUUCUGAUUCUCGAGGUCUUUGAAGCGAAUCUUGACAGAUUUAGAAAAGGGGUUUUGUUUGAUUUAGGGUUUCAUACAGAUUCAAAAAUCAUGGCAGGAAGAUGGUGAGAGGGAAGAUCGAGAUCAAGAGAAUCGAAAACCUAACGAGCAGGCAAGUAACCUUCUCCAAGCGUAGGAAAGGUCUCCUUAAGAAGGCUCACGAGCUUUCAGUUCUAUGCGAUGCUCAAGUUGCAGCCGUUGUCUUUUCUCAGAAAGGCAAACUAUACGAAUACGCUAGCUCCGACAUGAAGAAGAUGAUGGAACGAUGUGAGAUACAUAGAAGGGAAUAUUUUCAUGCAGAGAGAUUCCAAAAAGAGCAGCAGGUGCAGGAUCUCAAGAAUGAAAUCACGAUUAUGGUGAACUCGAUUGAACUUCUUCAACGUCAUUGCCGGAGGCUGAUGGGGCAAGAUUUAGAUUCUUGUUCUUUGGAGGAGCUCAAAGAGAUAACUAUUCAAAUUGAGAAAAGCCUUACUAUUGUUAGAUCAAGGAAGGCUACGUUAAAUGAGGAAGAGGUGCGGAAACUAAAAGCAGAGAUUGCAGGAAAAAGAGAGCUGUUGAACGAGAGAACUAGGCUGCACCAAAUGUUUGAAGAAAAGCCCUUGUGGACGCAGUCGAGGAACCUAGAGAGUGAGAAGAAUGCAUCUUCCUCUGCCAGUGAAAACAUGCACAUAUCCAAUGUCGAAACUGAUUUGUUCAUCGGAUUGCCUAGAAGCAGAGUCUAAAUGUGAAAUGAUUUCUCUGUAUUUUAAUUGACAGGUUCUUGUUUUCAUAUUUUUCAAGUAUAUACUCGAUUCUCUAUCUGCGUAAAACUAAGAAUAAAGUGAUGUAUAUAAGAUUGUUAUCUACUAAAUAAUUGUUUUCUUUCU